AUGGAACAACGACUAGCUACUGCUCAUUUCCAGAUACUCCCAGCGACAAUAAUUGAGCAUGUGAAUCGAGGUCACCACCUGACAGAGCUCUGGCUUACAAAUCAUCGUUUGGGGUCCCUUCCAGCAGAUAUUUCAGUUUUUAGCAAGCUUCGUGUCCUUGGUCUUGCUGGGAACGCACUUACUGCUUUACCGGAAGAGUUAAAUCAGUUAUCGGAUCUUGAAGCGUUGUAUCUAGAGAAGAAUCAACUUCGAACAGUGCCAAUCAAGGUUACGUUUCCACCCAAGCUACGUGAAUUACGUCUGGAUUAUAACCAGCUCACAAGUUUUCCUACUCAGAUCACGAAGCUGAGACUGCUUAACCGUCUCGGCUUGAGUCACAAUCAACUCAAGGCAGUACCGGAACAAAUUCAUCGUCUUCGUAAUCUUGUGGAGCUAGACUUGGACUACAAUCGCAUCGAUUGUGGUCUUCCUGAUGGGGUUGCAGAGCUUCAAAGACUGGAAAGGAUUGGUCUUGAGGGCAACUUUCUUUCGGAGAAGCCGGCGGUUCUCGACCGUCUGCCGGUGUUGUCGUAUAUCCGACUCAGUGGAAACCCGCCAUGA